AACGUACAACCAACUAACAAUUGAUAUAUGCUUAUGUGACCUCCCUUGAAAACACCUAACUUAAAUUCUCUCCAUCACUUUCUUCCCUUUUCUUUGAAAUGGCACCAUCACUUCCAAUAACAUUCCCUAUCUUACUCCUACCCUUAUUCUUCUCCCUCUCCCACUCCUCUACACUCAACUCCUUCAUCUAUGGUGGCUGUUCUCAACUCCGAUACUCCUCCGACGACUCCGCCUACACCUCAAACCUCAACUCCCUCCUCACUUCCCUCGUGAACUCAGCAACCUACAUGUCCUACAACCACUUCGCCGUCGCGGGGACCUCCCCGCACGACGUUGUCUACGGCAUCUACCAAUGCCGAGGCGACCUCUCCAUGCCAGACUGCGCUACAUGCGUAGCCAACUCGGUUAGUCGUCUAGGAGCCUUAUGCCCUGGUGCAUGUGGAGGUGUCAUUCAACUCGAAGGGUGCUACGUUAAGUAUGAUAAUGACACGUUCAUUGGUGCCGAGGAUAAGACAGUGGUCAUGAAAAAAUGUGGCACUCCUACGGGGAUAGCUGAUAAGAUAACGAACCGCGACGCGGUGUUAGAUGGGGUGGUGGGUGGUGGAGGAGAGAUUUAUAGGGCGGGAGGGUCUAAGGAUGUUGCGGUGAUUGCGCAAUGUGUAGGAGACUUGAAUGAAGGGCAGUGUCAAGAUUGUUUACAAGAGGCUGAUAAACAAGUUAAGAUGGUUUGUGCAACAAGUGGUUACGGUGAUAUGUAUUUAGGUAAAUGUUACGUGAGGUAUACUAUUGGAGGUGGUCGUGCAUAUUUCAACACUAAUAAUAUUGGAUCCGACAAAAAUAAGAGUGUGAAGACAUUCGCUCUAAUUAUUGGACUAUUAGCUGCAAUUGUUAUCGUCAUCAUAUUUCUCACUUUCAUUUGCCGAGUCUUUGCUGGAAGUAGUAAAUAAAUGGCUAAAUUGUGACUGGCAUUUUUCUUCUAAAAAUGGCUGCUUUAAGCGCCAGGCCUUUUCUUCUUUCUUUCUUUUCCUCUUCAUAAUGUCAACUUUCCAUCCAUUCUUGCUUCUCUUGCUUUAAAAAUGACAUUAUUAUUACUCUUUCUUUUGUUGUUACUUUAUAUAUAUAUAUAAUUAUAAUAGUAGUAUAUUGUAA